AUGUCGGGAAGUUUCUGGACGUCUACCCAAAGGCAUCAUUGGCAAUACACCAAGGCGUCAUUGGCCAAAGAAAGACAGAAGCUAUGGUUAUUAGAGUGCCAGCUGUUCCCUCAGGGCUUGAAUAUCGUUAUGGAUUCAAAGCAGAACGGUAUUGAACAGUCUAUCACCAAGAAUAUACCAAUAACUCACCGAGAUUUACACUAUGAUAAGGAUUAUAAUCUUAGAAUCUAUUGCUAUUUCCUGAUAAUGAAACUUGGGAGGAGACUAAACAUACGGCAGUAUGCUUUGGCUACAGCUCACAUUUACCUUUCGCGAUUUUUAAUAAAGGCCUCAGUUAGAGAAAUCAAUCUGUACAUGCUGGUUACUACGUGCGUAUAUUUAGCCUGUAAAGUUGAAGAAUGCCCGCAAUAUAUUAGAACUUUGGUAAGUGAAGCUCGUACACUAUGGCCCGAAUUCAUUCCUCCUGAUCCUACUAAAGUUACCGAGUUUGAAUUUUACUUACUUGAAGAGCUAGAAAGUUAUCUAAUUGUCCAUCAUCCUUAUCAAUCCUUGAAGCAAAUUGUCGAAGCCUUAAAGCAACCACCUUUCCAAAUAACCUUGUCCUCCGAAGAUUUGCAAAACUGUUGGUCAUUGAUCAAUGAUAGCUACAUCAACGACGUCCACUUACUGUACCCGCCUCAUAUUAUUGCUGUGGCAUGUUUAUUCAUUACAAUUUCUAUACAUGGAAAACCAACAAAAGAAUCAUCGUUGGCAUCAGUGGCCUCUAAAGUCAUCAGGGAUUCUAAACUGCCUAGCACUCCUGCUCAAAUAGCCUUCAAUCGUUUUCUGGCUGAAUCUCUGGUAGAUCUAGAGGAAGUCAUGGAUACAAUUCAAGAACAAAUUACAUUAUACGAUCAUUGGGACAAGUAUCAUGAACAAUGGAUAAAGUUUUUGCUACAUACUUUGUAUCUGAGGCCAGCCUCCGCGAAUUAA